AUGCGUUUGAAUAAGCGAGAAUUACCCCCUAUUGCUCGUGACACUUCUUCGGCACGAUAUUCAUCUUUUGCACUGAAAAAUGGAGACGAAACACUCACAAUAUAUAGGUGCAAGAGCGAAAAGAAUGUCGUGAUUCUGAGCACGAUGCACAGUAAUGUGUUUGUUGACGACAGCAUAAAGAAAAAAGCGAACACUGUCACUUACUACAACAGUACAAAAUGUGGCGUUGAUGUCGCAGAUCAGAUGCUGAGGAAAUACAGUACAUGUAGUUUAAGUCGCAGGUGGCCUGUACAUGUUUUUUACAACGUCCUUGACAUUGCUGCACUCAAUGCUUGGAUUAUAUAUAAAGAAUCCCUGGGCACCUCUAUUUCUCGUCGAGAAUUUAUUCUUGCACUCGUGGAAGAACUACGAGUUGGUGCACUACGCAACAGAUGUCCCCCAAUUGCUCAAAUACAGACACUUAAACGAAAGAAAUGUGCAUUUCAAAGUUGCAAGGGACAAAACAAGACUGUUGUCAGCUGUGAAGGAUGCCAGAAACCAAUUUGUGGUAAAUGUGUUGCUGUCACUGUCAAGCGUUCAUAUUGUAUCACCUGCGGUAAUGUAUAA